CAGCGAUUUAUCUGCCAGGGCGACUCAGACUCAAUUUGCACUUGACCUUGCGGCGGAACGUCUGCAAAUUCUUGACAUCCUUGGUCCUGCUAUACAUGGGAUGGCAGAUGACGAGGACAUCGGCUUGGAGACCCUCCAGGCGCAGGUCGACAUGUCUCUGGCAUUUACCCAGAACCUGGUCGCGACCUGGUUAAAGCCCACUGAGGGCAAAUUGCCCUCAUCGAAGGCGCGUAGCAAUGAAGAGAAAGAGCUGGAAGAGUACAUGCGCAGGCCCGCACGGUUAGGCGUCGGCGCGGCCGUCCCAGAGUCGACGAAGCAACUCACUGCCUCUGCGGGGAAGAAACGGGCGCGAGAAGAGGAUGUGCCCGCAGCCACUCUACCCUCGGACGACGAAGAGGAGAGUCGGACGAGCGUUAUCAAGAAGAAGGCGAAGGGCAAGAAACGCGUCCCCGACACGCCAAAGGCACUCAAUGAGCAUCCGGGCUUUCAAAAGCUAAACGACGACAAGGCCACAGAAGCAACAACAUCCGGGCCUCCCGAGACGCCUCUUCGUGAGGGUCAGGACGGACGUGAUGCUGGUCCGCUUAUCACACCGACAUCCAUGAAGAAGAAAAAGAAAAAGAAGGACCGCCAGUCCGUCAGCCAGCUCGUCAUCGAACGUCCCCAGACUGCGCAGCCAUCCGAGCAGCCUACCGCGUUAGCCAGUAACCUAAACACUGCCAUCCCAGAAGUUUCUAGGCAUCCACGAAACUCAUACACGGACAACCGUGCACAAUCUCCUGCACCGGUGUCGUCACCGCCAUUGAAACGGCUAGCGAGCCCCAAGGCGCGACAGAGCGGAAGCUACUCAACGUCACCGUCGAAGAAGAAGCGGAGGAGAAAGAAGAAAAAGAAGAAAGCGGUCGCGCAGGAGGAGCAGGCUCCUGUCGAAGAGGGUGAUUCUGAUGGCUCGGAAUGACACCACGUCUUGGCCACUGUAUCGUAGUAGCGAUUCAUAUCAUCGCAUGACUCGCCUAUGGAACCUUGCUUUACACUCA